GUGGGUGGGUGAGCGGAUAGUAAAGGAGCUGCCGCGCCGGUAUUUAACAGAGAGCCGAGGAGAGCUGAGACAGGACGGAACGCAAAGAGCCGAGGAGCGAUUUUCAGCACCAGAGCGACUGGACAGCGACACGUAGCCCAAACAAAACAACCAACUUCAACUUCUCAACUCUAAACAUGGUUCUUAUCUGGACUCAGUUCGGUGUCAAGCACAAAAAUGUUAAUGUCAAGUGCAAGGUGCGGGUUAUGCACCGAGGUGACAGCUCCGGAUCGUCUUCCUCAGCGGUGAGUACAAGUUUUAUUCCAGCUUCUUCAAGCUUUUAAACUCACUGAAUGACACAUUAAAUAUCACAUUGGCUUACUAAUUGCUGCUUUAAUAUAUUUAUUACAACUUAAUGUGGCUGUGCGUAAAAUGUCUGGGGCAAAUAUUGCAAUUAUUUAUCAUUAACUGUCUGCUGCUGCUGCUAUGGAUUCAUUCAUAUGGAAGAUACGCGUUCAGCCAAUCGCUGCAAAGUAUCUAAGCGAUUGGGGGAAGGUUUUUUUUCCCCCUCACCCCCACCUUUCCCCUCUUCUCUCUCACGUUGAGUUGUGCAUCAGCUCAUAAAAUGCGAUGCAUGGAUUUGCAGCAGCAGCACAGAGAUAAGGGUGUUUUCCCACAGAGAGCGUCCCUGCUGGGGGGCUAAAUCUGUGCAUAUUAAUAGAAACCGUGCAGCAAAGUGUAGAUGAUAUAAACCUUGCAGUCUGUUUAGCUCAGGGAUGAAUAUCAUAAGCUUUAAGUUAUUCAUGAGCAGGGUUUUUGCAUUUGCACAAGAUUUCAAACAUUUGCAAGAAAGUAAUUCAUGAAUGCACACAUGGAAAGCAAAAUGGUCUAAAGCCUGACUCUUCUUUUGUCUUUUCUCAAAUAGGAAGGCACCAAGACAGAGCCGGACACACCCUGUCUGUCGAUCAAACCAACAGGCAAAGAUUUCUACAAGGUCCUGGGCGUCUCCCCCGAUUCCAACGAAGACGAGAUCAAGAAGGCCUACAGGAAGAUGGCCCUCAAGUUCCACCCCGACAAGAACAGCGACGCCGACGCUGAGGACAAGUUCAAGGAAAUCGCAGAGGCCUACGAGAUCCUGACAGACCCCAAGAAGAGAAGCAUCUAUGACCAGUUUGGGGAAGAAGGUGAGUUCAACAACUAAAAUAGUAGCUGCCAGAAGGCUAAUUCCUGGAGCUUAGGCUGGUGCAUUAACAAUUCAUGUUUUCAUCAAUGCUAAAUGCUGAUGUGAGGUGGGAGAGCAUAGCUAAAACACUUCCACUUCUAUUAAAUUAUCUAUAUUUGGCAUAAACAGCUGUGGGGCUGAUGAAUUAUUCAGAGAGCAAUGAAGAAGUUUCCUAAAAAUUUAACAGUCUUCUUGUGAGGGUUUGGCUAAACUUGUUCAUCUUCUUUUUGAUUUCCAGGCCUUAAAAGUGGGAUGUCAAUGGCGAGCCAAGGCAACGUUUUCCGCAAUACCUUCCAUGGUGACCCCCACGCCACUUUCUCCUCCUUCUUCCACGGCUCUGACCACUUUGACAUCUACUUCACCAAUGACACUGACAGCGAGGAUGACCUCUUCAACCCCUUCAGGCGCUUCACCUUCAGCCACGUGGGCGGGUACGCCGGCGGCGAGGGCGGGCUGAGGAGAGGUCAGCGUCGGCUGCAGGGCAAAGAGGUGGUCCACGACUUGCAAGUGACCUUAGAGGAGGUGAUGCAAGGCUGCACCAAGCAUGUGAAGAUCACCCGACGUCGCCUUAACCCUGACGGGCGUAGCAUGCAUUCUGAAGACAAAGUGCUGAACGUGGUGGUGAAGAAAGGCUGGAAGGCCGGCACCAAGAUCACUUUCCCCAGGGAGGGAGACGAGACGCCAAACAGCACCCCUGCAGACAUCACCUUCAUCCUCAGGGACAAGGAGCACACCCAGUACAAGAGGGAGGGCUCCAACAUCGUCUUCACAGCCAAGAUUACUCUCAAAGAGGUGAGUUUGGUGCACUUACAGCAAGUUUACAGGUCAAUUAGGGUUAGGAGUUGGACUCCUACAGAGGCCAUCAGCACUGACAACAUGAAUGAUUCAUUAUGAAACACUGGGCUGCUCUAUAAGUAGAAAUACUAUGUCAUUUGCCAGCUGCUUACACCUACACAGAAAAAAAGGCUCUGAUCCAACCACCUUUUCUAGUCCUUUACAUAACUGGAGAAUGAUGCAUUCACUGACAAAACAAAGAAAAUCGAUUUCAGAGAAGCGUCUAUAAGACACGGCCAGAAGGUUCUGCUUCAGCCAAAUUUUGUGGGGGUUUAAAUCUUUGAACCCAGUCCUGAAACAGAACGCAGUGUUCAGUUUGGGGGAGAAAAGCCCCAAGUUUUAAUGAGGCUGGCAGACCCCCACUAACAGAACAGCAGCAGCAGCCUGCCAACGCCUCGCUUACCUCAUCAGCCCCUGCAGAGUGCGAUGGAGCGGGAGCUAAAUAUAGCCACAGCUCCAACUGCCCCCACGAAUCACACUUCACUCUCCCUCUCAGCCACUAUGUGUGCCGCAGACUCCUGUGCCUUAACAAGGCAGGCAGGCAGAGAGGCAGCUUUUUUGGCUCACUAUGUCGCUGGCUCUCACUUCAGCCAUCCCACACACAGAUUAGCAGGGCAGCAGUCACGGAGACUGGCAUUUCAAAGUGCUCCUCCAUCUUCCUGUGGCUCCUUUCAGUCACUGAAGCACUUAACUCCCACACACAGGCAGGAAAUAGAGCAACGAUUAUAACAUCUGUAACACAGGUUCAUUGCAUAACACAGAAAAAUGGUAGUGCCUUUCAAAAGAAAGACAGACGCUCCAUAUUUAUCACUUACGUAACUUGACACAUUUCAAGACCUGGCAUUUAAUUGAUUUUUCUCAUUGUUCCAAGUGUUCUCGAGCCCAGUCAGAUCACUCAGUAUGCAUUAUGAAACUGUUUCUAAAUAUACCUGAUCUACAAAACUCAAAUUCUCCUUUUUUUUUCUCCUCUCCAGGCUCUCUGCGGCUGCACUGUUAACGUCCCAACACUUGACAACAGGAUGAUGCCGCUCCCAUGCAGCGAUGUCAUCAAACCUGGUGCUGUACGGCGGCUCAGGGGUGAAGGUCUGCCUCUGCCCAAGAGCCCAUCUCAGCGGGGCGACUUGGUGGUGGAGUUCAAAGUGCUCUUCCCCGACAGGAUCCCGCCUCAGUCCCGCGAGAUCAUCAAGCACAGCCUGGGCCAGUGUUAGCCCGUUUAAUCCGCCAACGCAGCUUAAUUAAGCCUGUAUGUUGCUAUCAAUUCACAAACACAGCCUUGCCCGAGGUGCUAAAAUCACAACCACUCACAACCUCUUGUGUUUGGAAAAGGCAAGCAGCACUUUAGUGAGUUGUAGUUCAGAGAGGAGACUUUCUGCCGGCAUGCUGCACAACAACUACGAUGCCGAAUGAGAGACGAGAGUUCAGAAGUGAUGAAUGGGGUCUUUGGUAUCUGAGGGCAUCCAUUGACUCUACAGCCUUUCACUUGAAUGAAAAGCGUAUCUGUACUGUUAUACUUGCAAAACCUUUAGCAGGAUAUCAGUGUGCUACUCAAGUCUGUAUAGACUUCCUUAAACCUGAAUGGUAGAAAAAAUGUGAAGAAUAUAAUCCUUUUUACUAUAGUUAUAUGGUGAUCAUAUGACUGACUUUUGCAUUGAAUUAUUACAAUAGCAAAACAUACUUGUGUGCAAAGAUCUACUUUGUGUGCAAAAUGCAAACACAUUGUCUCUAAGAGAGAUUCAUUUGUCAAAUGUUCUAUUGAAUUAUUUGAAAAUGUUUGUAUAUAUUCUGAGCAAUGAUGUGUUAUUACCUGAUGGAGACAAGUUUGAAAGCAUGAAAAUAAAAAAAAAUGUGAAUUUAACAUCUG